GGAGGGGCCGUGCAUUCGGUGUUACAAGUGAGUUUUGUAUGGACUGGUCUACACUCACUUCUCGCUCAUUGCUUUUCUGCCUCUGCGACAUCUCCCUCUUCCUCUUCAUCGCAUCUACCAAUAUCAUCCAGCAACAUGGCCGACCAAAACACGAACAGCGAUCGCAGCGCCGACAACAGCAACAACAACGACAAGCCCGCAACAUGGGAAAUGCGCGAGAGACGACUCCCGCCCCGCGUACGCAUCGAAUCAGAAACCAUCGACAUGAUCCGACGCGUGGCUGGCGAUCCCGCGGAAGUGAAGCGAGCGCAAGACUCCCUCGCGGAAGCGAUGCCACAGAUCAUGGCGCAGAUGGAGGAAUAUAGAGAGAGAGCGAGGGCAGAAGCAGAGCGCAGGGAACAGGCGCGGAUUGAGCAUGAGAGGCAGAUGGAGAGGGAGAUGGUGCUUCGAGCGAUGCCUCAGACCGAUUUGGCGUGCUUGCUGUGUCAACUCGACGACACCAUCACGUACGCCGACAAGAGGAUCACGUACACGCACACAGAGCUGAACAGGCAUCUUUCUGGCACGACACACCGGCGUGAAAUGCAACUGCGUCGUGCGUUCCGCAUCGACGAGGACGACGAGGAGCGAGCGCAGUGUCCGAUUUGCAAAGAGAACAUCCAAGGGGCUGACGCUUUCGUUGCGCAUUGUGAAGAGGAGCAUCCGGAGCAGAUUGAGUUUUGAGU